GGUGCUUCAGGCGGAGGUCUGGCCGGUGGCGUGGACUGGCGGCAGGCUCCAGGAGGUCUUUAAGCAGAAGGGCAGCCGUGCCAAUUGCGACGAUUACCGCGGCAUUAUUUUAGAAGAUCAUCUGGGCAAAGGGUUGAAGCAACAUCUAUCGCAGCAUGUGUUUCCUCAGUAUGCGGCUCACCAGCCUGACGCUCAACACGGGGCCGUGGGUGGCCGAAGCACUGAUUUCGCGUCGCAUUUGGUCGUCGAGAUCUUGGCAUACGCUGCCCGGACCUCCAUGUGCGUGUUCAUCAUGUUUCUCGAUCUCGUGAAAGCAUUUGACCGCGUCAUCCGUGAGAUCACCUUGGGAUGGCCGGCCGGAGUGUCCGAUGGGGAGGCCUACCUGAUGGGCCUCGGCCUAGGCCGUGACCAGGCGCAGUGGAUUGCAGCAUUCGUGUCCGUGCACGGCCCGCUCCUCGAGAAGUGGGGGGUCUCACCGAAAGUGAUCCGCCUUCUGAAAAACAUGCACGUGCAGUCCUGGUUUAGCGUAGGCGACCUCGAUACUGCCAUCGCGGUGCGUUUGGGAGGAAGGCAGGGCUGUAAGUACGGCGCCUGUCUUUUCAAUUCGACUUUCAGUGUGGCCCUCCAGAUGAUUCACGACCUCGUCGUGGACGCCGGCUUCGCUCUCCAGCUCCCGUGCGAUAGUGCGCCUGUGUGGGCGAAAUCCAGGCCUGCAGAUGGCGUGCCCAUGCAGGAUGUGGUCGACGUCGCAUUUGUCGACGACACGGUUUUAAUGUUGCUGGCUGUGUCCGCCAAGGUGCUGGACCGAUCAAUCGAUGGUCUGUUGGGCUUUGUUCUUCGCUUUUACCGCGUGCUGAAUUUAGAAAUCAAUUUUCAGCUAGGAAAAACCGAAGCAUUUUUGAAGUAUAGGGGGCAUGGGGCUGUGAAGCACACCCGGGCCAGGCGGCGAGCGCCAGGAGGACCUCUGUGCAUCCAGCUUCCCAGCACCGAUGACGUUUUGCACGUUGUCCCCCUCUAUAAACAUCUAGGUUGCGAGCUUGCAUUGUCGGGCUCGUUGAUUCCUUUGGGGCAGAGUCGCCGCAAGAAGGCCCUGGCCGCGUACGCGCCUCUUGCGAUGAAACUUUUUGGGUCCCAGCAGGUUGAUUACAGCUUGAAGUGCUGGAUGUUCACGACUCUUGUGAUGUCCAGGUUGUUGUUUAACCUGCACAUAUUUGUACCCACUGCUCCAUUUCUUUCUCUCCUCAACGACGUAUAUAUGCGAGGCUACCGCAGGAUGCUUGGGGCCCCUCGUUUUGGCCCCGGCGCCGGGAGCGACCUCAGCUUCCGCAGUGUGCACCGAAUCCCUUCCAUCGAUUGUGUGCUGGCGCGUGCCAGGCUUACCUACCUAGGUCGCCUUGUCCGCGCUCGCCCUCCGUCGCUGUCAGCUGUACUCCGGCAGAGGCCAGAGCGCAACGGCAUGCCGCAGCUUUCCGCGUGGCUCCAGCUGGUGAUUCAGGACCAAAGGCGCCUCCACCAGAGCGUCGCCCUGUGUUCUAACCUGCCCGAUCCCGCAGAGGAUCCAGAGGCGUGGUGCAAGCUCAUAUGCGACGAGCCGCUCAAAUGGAAGCAAUUUGUAGCCCUCCUCCACUUUUAGGAUUCAAUUUGUGACAAAGUUCUACACCAGCGUGUGGAACCCAUCUGUCGACCCUUCGCCUGCUCGGACUGCUCGGUGGCGUUUGCCUCGGAGCGCCAGCUGGCCCAGCAUAGGCGCAUCAAGCACGGUGUGCGAUGCGAGCAGCGUUUCUUCGCACCUGCGUCGGCUACGUGCAUGGUGUGUGGCACGACCUUCGGCGCUCGCCUUGGUCUUAUCGCCCAUUUGUCCGAUAAAAGGCGGACGAAGUGCUGGCACGCCAUGCUGCAGGAGCCUGCAAAGUACCCGAGGCUUAGCAGCAAUGUAUGUGCCGAGCUGGACGCGAAAGACCGGGCUGAGCGAACUGCUGCCCAGCGCCUCGGCCACUCCCACGUUCUUGCGAAAGGGGGCUGCACGAGACGCGACGGCACUGCGGUGGGGCGGCCUUCCGCGUAGCCACCGUUGUGUUGUAAUCUUCCGAAUUCGUUUGUGCUGUAUUGUGACGCUUCGCGCAACCCUUGCUAAAUA